GUGUGGGAUAAACAGUAAUGGCGGAGGCUGCAGCUCCCGGAACAACAGCCACACCAUCAGCAGCAGGAGCGGCAGCGGCGGCGGUGGCAGCGGCCUCCCCCACCCCUAUCCCCACCGUCACCUCGCCGGCCCCGGGGGCGGGGGGCGGGGGAGGCGGCAGAGACGGCAGCGGCGGGGGUUGGCCAAGACGGGUCACCUGCAGGUAUUUUAUGCAUGGGGUGUGUAAGGAAGGAGAUAACUGUCGCUACUCACAUGACCUCUCCGACAGUCCAUACGGUGUCGUGUGCAAGUAUUUUCAGCGAGGGUACUGUAUCUACGGAGAUCGCUGCAGAUAUGAACAUAGCAAACCAUUGAAACAGGAAGAAGCAGCUGCUACAGAUCCAACCACAAAACCAUCCCUUGCUGCUUCCUCAAGCCUCUCAUCAGGAGUUGGACCACUUGUUGGAAUGAGUGCCAGUGAGCCUGAGGCGAGAAAUGCAGACUUGGCGACUGUCGGGGCAGCUGCGGAGGACUGGGUGAAUGCCAUCGAGUUUGUCCCCGGGCAGCCUUACUGUGGCCGUGCUGCCCCUUCCUGCACUGAAGUACCCCCACAGGGCUCAGUGACCAAGGAAGAAUCAGAGAAGGAGCAGCCUGCUGUGGAGACAAAGCAGCAGCUUUGCCCCUAUGCUGCAGUGGGGGAGUGCCGUUACGGGGAGAACUGUGUCUAUCUGCACGGAGAUUCAUGUGACAUGUGUGGGCUGCAGGUCCUGCACCCCGUGGAUGCUGCCCAGCGGUCACAGCACAUUAAAUCUUGCAUCGAGGCCCAUGAGAAGGACAUGGAGCUCUCGUUCGCUGUCCAGCGCAGCAAGGACAUGGUGUGUGGGAUCUGCAUGGAGGUGGUCUAUGAGAAGGCCAACCCCAGCGAGCGCCGCUUUGGGAUCCUCUCCAACUGCAACCACACCUACUGUCUCAAGUGUAUCCGCAAGUGGAGGAGUGCUAAGCAAUUUGAGAGCAAGAUCAUAAAGUCCUGCCCCGAAUGCCGGAUCACAUCUAACUUUGUCAUUCCAAGUGAGUACUGGGUGGAGGAGAAAGAAGAGAAGCAGAAACUGAUUCAGAAAUACAAGGAGGCAAUGAGCAACAAGGCGUGCAGGUAUUUUGAUGAAGGACGUGGGAGCUGCCCGUUUGGAGGGAACUGUUUUUACAAGCACGCCUACCCUGAUGGCCGUAGAGAGGAGCCACAGAGACAGAAAGUGGGAGCAUCGAGCAGAUGCCGGGCCCAACGAAGGAACCACUUCUGGGAGCUCAUUGAGGAAAGAGAGAACAGCAACCCUUUUGACACCGACGAAGAAGAGGUGGUCACCUUUGAGCUGGGCGAGAUGUUGCUUAUGCUUUUGGCCGCAGGUGGGGACGACGACCUGACAGACUCGGAAGACGAGUGGGACUUGUUUCACGAUGAGCUGGAAGACUUCUACGACUUGGACCUAUAGCGGCGGGCAGCCGCGCGCGGACUGGUCUGCGCCUCGGCCAGUGGCUCUUCCCGGGGGGUGUGGCGGGGCCUGAGUGUCUCCUAGGCAGGCCUGCCCGCCCCAGGUGCUGUUGUCAUCUUACCCAGGGUCUGUCUCCUCCGCCCUCACCUUCCCCCCAGGAGUGUGGUGUUUUCUCUGUUUAAAAACGUUACAAAAAUAAACCUUGAAGUUAGUUUUUUUUGUAAUAUGAAUUUAACUGUCAGACAGUUAGCAUAGGUUUGUUGCAUCAUCUGUUGCCAGGCAGACUCACAGCUCUAGGGCAGUGUGUGCGGACUUGGCCACGCUUGCUUUGAGGACCCCAGGUGCAGAGCAAAAGCAUCGGCCUGGCUUUGGAGUCCAGGACUAGGGGUGAUGGGACAGGGUCCUCAGUUGGCAAGCGGCCUCCUCCUAGUGACCGACGAGGUGGCGGCCUCGGCUCCUGGUGAAGCCUGCACACGUGUCUUUAUAUCUGUCCCCACCCUGUGAGCCCCACUGCGUGCACUUGUCCUUGUGUGGGUGUGGUCUCUUGUUGACUUGCACACGAGUAAUACUACUGGGUACCCAGAGCCAGGUGUGAAUGUGUUGAGAUUUUUCCCGUGUUUAGCAUGAUAGGAAAGCUUGUGAAAGACACAUACGUGUAAAAGAUAGAUGGCGUGAGGGCAGCGCCGAGCUGGAAGUUGACUUCCAAGUUGACUUGGCGUGAGCGAGUGGGCGUGUGUGACCAGCCUCCUCCCUGCGUAGAAGCAGUCUCCUUAGCCCUAGCGGAGAACCCGACGUAGUGGUUUCAGCCUAGCGCAGCAGAUAGAGCGUAAAGGGCACGGCAGUGUAUCGACGUUGGCAGAUGUUUAUAAAGCAGUGCCAGCUCUCUGUAAAUAGAGAAACGGGAUUAGCCCAGAGGUGAAAACUACCUGGUUAUCCCUUCUAUUAACACAAGCUGGGUCUCAGACACACCGUUGGAUUUCAUGUGUCAUGAGCUCCGAGCCUCUCUGGUACAGGCACUUUUCGAACACUGUUCUCGUUGGGUCGUGAGCUCCGAGCCUCUCUGGUACAGGCAUUUUUGACCACUGUUCUCGUUGGAGGGGUUGUGUUGUUGGGUUUUUGUGGGUAUUUGCCUCAUCCCACCCCUGAGCCUUGCAGAUAGACAGAUGUGAUUCAGAACCGUGUUCUAAGGUGUGUUCUGCAGUGGAGCAGUGGGUGACAGUAACAAGCCACGCUUCUCCACUGACGGGUGGCGGGGUGGCAGGCCACGAGACAGGCGGAGGUUGAGUUGGGGAUUGCAUAACAGGAAAUUUUAGCUUCGCAUUUUGUUGCUCUGUUUCUGAAAAUGACUUGGAAAUGCUCCUGGUUGUCCAUCUACUGCUUUGACUCCUUGGAUCCACCCAUUCUUUCACUUUAUGAAAAACAAGUAAUUGUCACAGAGGUCUCUGUAUUUUGCAGCUGCCCUUUUGUAAGAAGCACUUUUCCCAAAUAAAACAAUAGCAAAAAAAAAACAGCAACAACAAAAAACAA